CUCUGGUUGGGUGUUUUUUGUAGGUUUAUGUUGAUCAAACAGCUUAACCUAAAUCUAAUGGUUCCUUCAUAGAACCACUAGCCCUCAUGUAACUCAGUAACAUCCAAUCAUCCUGGAGCUUCUUUGAAGCCUGCUCCAAAAUAUAAUCAAUAACCCUGACAACUGGAAUGGGCUCCAGUAUGCCUAUGACCCUUAUGAAGGCCAAGUGGUUCUUACAUUUCGAACAAAUUGUCUCAGGUGCAGUAAAGUGUCCACCGAGCAUCAGGUGAAUUAAAUUCACUGAGAACCUCAAAAAGUCCUGUGAGUUCCUUAUUUUAUGUGAAUCAAACAUCAAAUUUCAAUUAUUAUUUUACAAUUAAUGGUUUUACUGUUUAUUUCAAAAUAUUUCUGUAUAUGUAGGGGGAGGACGAGCAGAGAAGGAUGUAGAGAGAAUAUUAAUUAGGAGGUGGAGUGUUUAGCAGUGAAAUACUGAGGUGAGACAGAGCAGCUCCAGAUGUGCGCUGCACAAAGCCACAUCAGUAGUUGUUAUUUCAAAAAGCCAUGCCAAUAAAAAUCAUCUACUUUACGGUGAAUGGGAGACCAGAGCGAGCCGAAUUCCCGGAGGAUUGUCCUGCCCAGGAUGUCAAAGAUCUGUUCCGCUCUGCAGCAGAAGCAGGACCCCAUGACAUCCUGAAGCUGUACAACCCCAAAGGCAGCAUAAUCAACAUCUCUCCGGGUCUGGAGCCCAACAGCCCAAACUCCUGCUACAAGCUGGAGGUGGUGGCUGCAGACUGCAACAGUGAGCCGUUAGGUGCAGAGCUUGCUGGUGCACUAGGAUUUGACCUCUCAUCCAUGGAGAAGAGACUGCAGGGCCUGGAGAAGAAAAUCCUCUUUGAAGCCGGGGAAACCCCUGCAGUUGUGUAUGAGAUGAAGAAGCAGGUGGAUUCAUUCCAAGAAAAAUUGGAGAGCGUGGAGCAUCUGAGUUGGCUUGGAUUGUUCAAAGACCUGUCAGAGACGACACACCAGCCCUCCCCAUUCUACCACAAGAGGACACUGCAUAAAACCAAGGACGAAUGUGAGCGUGUGCAGGAGAAGUUCCUUCAAAUGAGCUCUCUGGAGGUUUCAGAGGAAGUGAGGCAGUACUUAAAGACCCCAACCUUUGAUAACUGGCAGUGGGAGGAUGCAGAGAUAAUGGUGCUCCUGCAGGUCAUGUACACAGAUUUAGAUUUCACAGCCACCUUCAACAUCGAACCUGACGCACUGCAGCAUUUUCUUUUUGAAGUGUACCGAAGAUACAACAACAUCCCCUUCCACAACUUCAAACACUGCUUCUGUGUGACCCAGAUGAUGUAUGGUUUGAUUUGGCUAACUGACCUGAGGAGUAAGAUGGACAGCACCGAGCUGCUGAUUAUGCUGACCUCUGCUGUGUGCCACGACCUUGACCAUACCGGCUACAACAAUGCCUAUCAGGUGCACCCAGGCCUCUAUAUAAAUGCUCGGACUGAACUUGCUCUGCGCUACAAUGACAUCUCUCCCCUGGAGAACCAUCACUGCGCUGUCGCGUUUGAGAUACUGGAAAAGGAAGAGAGCAACAUCUUCAGAAAUCUAUCCACAGAGCAAUAUAAACGGAUAAGAGAGGGAAUCAUCAAAUGCAUCCUGGCCACCGACAUGACGAGGCACAAUGACAUUCUCAACAAGUUCAAGUCCAUCCUCUCUGCAUUCGACUUCACCAACAAAGACCACAAGGACGUGCUGAUGAUGAUCCUGAUCAAAGUGAGUGACAUAUCCAAUGAGGCACGACCUAUGGAGGUGGCUGAGCCCUGGCUGGACUGUCUGCUUCAGGAAUUCUACAACCAGAGUGACAUUGAGAAGCUGGAAGGUCUUCCUGUCACCCCCUUCAUGGACCGGGACAAAGUAACCAAACCCUCAUCUCAAACAGGUUUCAUCAGAUUUGUCCUCCUCCCUCUCUUCAUCGAGCUAGCCAACCUGUUCCCCUGCCUCGAGCACAUCAUUGACCCGGUAAGGAAGGCUCUGGACUACUACACAGAGAUGGAGAAGGCGCUGGAGAGGGAAAAUCAGAACCGAGCUCAGAGCGAGAAUGGCACCAAGCACAAAGAAAGCGCUGGGAGCACGGUGGACGGCUGUGCAGAGACUGGUCCCGAUGCCUUGAAAUCAGACGUGAUUAUCUAAAGCCCAUUCAUGUAUGACACAGUUUAUGGUCCUGCUCCGGUUUUUAUUUUGAAGUCCUUCCUGUCUGUUAUGUUUUGGUUCUAGUCUCUAGUUUUAUUUUGAAGGACUUCCUGCCACACUCACCACAGCUGUGUUUCCUGUCACCUCCUCAUUACUCACACCUGACAAUAAUCAGUAAUCAGCAUCAGUAUUUAGUCUUCACCUCACACACCAGCCAGUUGCCAGAUUGUUGAGUUCCGAUACCACUUUCCAGCGUUUCAGUAUAGUUUACCGUGUUUCAUGAUCUUGUCUGUACCUGACCGCCGAUUUCUGCCUGCACCCUGUCUGUACCUACGCCUGGAGAUCUUGGUAACGUUCCUGACUGUCUGACCACGAUAUAGCUCACUCCUUGUCUGUACCUCUGCCGAGCUCACCAGUUACCGAACCUUGCCUGUUCCCGGAACUGAGUUUACCUGCUUCUUUUGUGACUUUGCCUGAGAUCCCCCGUGUACGACCUGGAUUGCUUUGACUACGUUGCACAAUAAAACUGGUUACUGACUGAU